AUGACCCGGCUGAGGCGAGACGUCCAGAGCUUGAGGGACGCUGCAGAGAAAUACACAACGGACUUUGACUCCAUCCAUCCUUCCCACAGCCCCUCCCCCUCCUCUCCCCCGUCUCCCCCUUCACUCCCCCGUCUCCCCCUCCUCUCCCCCGUCUCCCCCUUCUCUCCCCCGUCUCCCCCUCCUCUCCCCCGUCUCCCCCUUCUCUCCCCCGUCUCCCCCUCCUCUCCCCCGUCUCCCCCUUCUCUCCCCCGUCUCCCCCUUCUCUCCCCCGUCUCCCCCUUCUCUCCCCCGUCUCCCCCUUCUCUCCCCCGUCUCCCCCUUCUCUCCCCCGUCUCCCCCGCUCCACACAGGGUGUGUGUCCUGUACCAGGUGUGUGUCCUGCACCAGGUGUGUGUCCUGAACCAGGUGUGUGUCCUGUACCAGGUGUGUGUCCUGAACCAGGUGUGUGUCCUGUACCAGGUGUGUGUCCUGAACCAGGUGUGUGUCCUGUACCAGGUGUGUGUCCUGAACCAGGUGUGUGUCCUGUACCAGGUGUGUGUCCUGUACCAGGUGUGUGUCCUGCACCAGGUGUGUGUCCUGCACCAGGUGUGUGUCCUGUACCAGGUGUGUGUCCUGUACCAGGUGUGUGUCCUGAACCAGGUGUGUGUCCUGAACCAGGUGUGUGUCCUGAACCAGGUGUGUGUCCUGUACCAGGUGUGUGUCCUGAACCAGGUGUGUGUCCUGAACCAGGUGUGUGUCCUGAACCAGGUGUGUGUCCUGUACCAGGUGUGUGUCCUGAACCAGGUGUGUGUCCUGAACCAGGUGUGUGUCCUGAACCAGGUGUGUGUCCUGAACCAGGUGUGUGUCCUGUACCAGGUGUGUGUCCUGAACCAGGUGUGUGUCCUGAACCAGGUGUGUGUCCUGAACCAGGUGUGUGUCCUGAACCAGGUGUGUGUCCUGUACCAGGUGUGUGUCCUGAACCAGGUGUGUGUCCUGAACCAGGUGUGUGUCCUGAACCAGGUGUGUGUCCUGAACCAGGUGUGUGUCCUGAACCAGGUGUGUGUCCUGAACCAGGUGUGUGUCCUGAACCAGGUGUGUGUCCUGUACCAGGUGUGUGUCCUGUACCAGGUGUGUGUCCUGAACCAGGUGUGUGUCCUGAACCAGGUGUGUGUCCUGAACCAGGUGUGUGUCCUGUACCAGGUGUGUGUCCUGUACCAGGUGUGUGUCCUGUACCAGGUGUGUGUCCUGUACCAGGUGUGUGUCCUGUACCAGGUGUGUGUCCUGAACCAGGUGUGUGUCCUGUACCAAGUGUGUGUCCUGAACCAGGUGUGUGUCCUGAACCAGGUGUGUGUCCUGAACCAGGUGUGUGUCCUGAACCAGGUGUGUGUCCUGAACCAGGUGUGUGUCCUGAACCAGGUGUGUGUCCUGAACCAGGUGUGUGUCCUGAACCAGGUGUGUGUCCUGAACCAGGUGUGUGUCCUGAACCAGGUGUGUGUCCUGUACCAGGUGUGUGUCCUGUACCAGGUGUGUGUCCUGUACCAGGUGUGUGUCCUGAACCAGGUGUGUGUCCUGAACCAGGUGUGUGUCCUGUACCAGGUGUGUGUCCUGAACCAGGUGUGUGUCCUGAACCAGGUGUGUGUCCUGAACCAGGUGUGUGUCCUGUACCAGGUGUGUGUCCUGUACCAGGUGUGUGUCCUGUACCAGGUGUGUGUCCUGUACCAGGUGUGUGUCCUGAACCAGGUGUGUGUCCUGUACCAGGUGUGUGUCCUGAACCAGGUGUGUGUCCUGAACCAGGUGUGUGUCCUGAACCAGGUGUGUGUCCUGAAUCAGGUGUGUGUCCUGAACCAGGUGUGUGUCCUGUACCAGGUGUGUGUCCUGAACCAGGUGUGUGUCCUGAACCAGGUGUGUGUCCUGAACCAGGUGUGUGUCCUGAACCAGGUGUGUGUCCUGAACCAGGUGUGUGUCCUGUACCAGGUGUGUGUCCUGUACCAGGUGUGUGUCCUGAACCAGGUGUGUGUCCUGAACCAGGUGUGUGUCCUGAACCAGGUGUGUGUCCUGAACCAGGUGUGUGUCCUGAACCAGGUGUGUGUCCUGUACCAGGUGUGUGUCCUGUACCAGGUGUGUGUCCUGUACCAGGUGUGUGUCCUGAACCAGGUGUGUGUCCUGAACCAGGUGUGUGUCCUGUACCAGGUGUGUGUCCUGAACCAGGUGUGUGUCCUGAACCAGGUGUGUGUCCUGAACCAGGUGUGUGUCCUGAACCAGGUGUGUGUCCGGAACCAGGUGUGUGUCCUGAACCAGGUGUGUGUCCUGAACCAGGUGUGUGUCCUGUACCAGGUGUGUGUCCUGAACCAGGUGUGUGUCCUGUACCAGGUGUGUGUCCUGUACCAGGUGUGUGUCCUGUACCAGGUGUGUGUCCUGUACCAGGUGUGUGUCCUGAACCAGGUGUGUGUCCUGAACCAGGUGUGUGUCCUGUACCAGGUGUGUGUCCUGUACUCGGUGUGUGUCUCUGACUCUGAGCCCGUGACCUGCUCUCCUCCCACAGCGUGA